AUGGAUAAGUUCUUCCGCAUAUCACAAUGUCAAUCAGUUAAAGAAAUAUGGGACACUUUGGUGGAGACUCACGAAGGAACCGUUGAAGUUAAAAGAUCUAGAUUAAACACAUUGAGUCAAGAAUAUGAAAUGUUCAGAAUGCUUCCUGGAGAAUCCCUUGUUGAAUUGCAGAAGAUAUUCCUCCAUUUGAUGAAUCAUUUGAUUGCACUCAAAAAUACCUUUACAAAUGAUGAUCUCAACCUUAAAGUGCUUAGAUCAUUGAUAAGAGAAUGGAAAACGAAAGUAACGGCCAUAUCCGAGAAGAAGAGUCUCUCGACCAUGACAUCCACAUCAUUGUUCGAAAAACUUCAAGAACACGGAUUGGAACUUGGAAUACUUGAACAACAUGAAAAUCAAGAGAAGAAGUCCAAAGGUAUCGUUCUAAAAGUUGAGUCAAAAGAAGAACGAACAAAUGAUGAUCCUGAAGAAGAUGAGAAUUUUAUGCUUCUUGUUAAAAGACUCAGUGAAAAAGAAUCCUUCAAGAAAAAGGAGGCUUCAACAUCUACACAAGAUGUCACAUGCUAUGAAUGUGGAAAGCAAGGUCCUAUAAAGCCGGAUUGUCCAAAAUUAUCCAAGAAAGGUGGCUUUAAAGGCAAGAAGGAAUUCAAGAAUAAAAAGGUGUAUGUUGCAUUGGAAGAUAAUGAGAUAAGUUCUUCAUCCGAAUCGGAAAUCUAUGAAUGUGCAAAUAUAGCAUUGAUGACUUCACACCACUUCGACGAUGAAGAAGAUGAGGUUAGUAACAAUUUUUCUCUUUAUAAUAGUGAUGCACAAGGUGCUAAAAAUGAACUUCUUGAAGAAUGCAAAAUUCUGUAUAAAACAAUAUCAUCUCAAAAGAAACAAAUUUCAUCUAUAGAAGAAAAAGUCCUGAUAAUGGAAAAAGAUGUCAAUGAUGAAAAACAAAGGAUGAUUAGUGAAAAACAGAAUUUUGUAUGUAAAAAUUGUGAGUCACUUUCAUUUCAAAUUGUCCAACUAAAAAGAGUUUUAGAAAGAUAUGAGAAAAGACAAGUUGGAUUGGAAGAUGUUCUUAGCCAUCAAAGAUAUUCAAAUGACAAAAGUGGUCUUGGUAUGCUUAAAACCACAUCAAAUCUUUGGUAUCUUGAUAGUGGUUGUUCCAAGCAUAUGACGGGAAACAUUAACAAAUUCUCAAAUCUAGCAUUAAAGGCCAAGGGUUAUGUCACUUAUGGUGAUAAGAACAAAGGGAAAAUUCUUGGUAUAGGAAAAGUUGGAGCACCACCUUUCACAUCCAUUGAAUAUAAUUUACUCAAGAAGAUAUUUUCAAAAGGCAUUAAUGAUAAUCAAACGGAACAUCAUGAAGAACCAAUUCAACAAGAGUCAAAUGAUACUGAUCUACCUAAAGAAUGGAGAACUCAUAUAGAUCAUCCAAUUGAUAAAGUCACUGGUGAUAUUAGUCAAGGCAUUGCAACAAGAUUAAAUAUUAAAGAUGCAUGCUUGAAUAUGGCGUUUGUUUCAUAA